CGGAAUCUGCUUCAGAGCGUUUAACUUUUUUUCUCGCUUUCAUUCACUGAGAAAAUCAAAAGAACAUAUUUCUGUUUUUGGGUUCGUCUUCUUCAUCUGAGCUUGAAAAAUUUUCAGGAUAAGUGACGAGAAAAUAGAAGGAACAGGUUGUGAGGGGACAUCUGGUUCUUUGUUAAGGUGACGCUUGAACUGAGAAUCCAUUGUUGUUUUUGGGUUUCGAUUUUUUCUAUUUUUCAGAUUUGCCCGUCACGAAAAUGGGCAUUAUUUUGGCAAGAAUUUUGUGGAUUUUGUGGAUAUGUGGGUGGGUUUGUGCGGUGGAAGGAGAUUACGUUCUAUUCAAAGACCCGAAACGGGAGGUGGAAGAUAGAGUUGCAGAUUUGUUGAGUAGAAUGACUCUGGAAGAGAAGAUUGGUCAGAUGGUGCAGAUAGACAGAAGCAUUGCUUCUGUCAACAUAAUGAGAGAUUACUAUAUAGGCAGUGUAUUGAGUGGUGGUGGUAGUGCCCCACUUCCUGAAGCAACUGCUCAGAGUUGGGUUGAUAUGAUAAAUGACUAUCAAAAGGGAGCUUUAUCAAGUCGUUUGGGUAUUCCAAUGAUAUAUGGCAUCGAUGCUGUUCAUGGGCACAAUAAUGUCUAUAAUGCUACCAUAUUUCCGCACAAUGUUGGGCUUGGAGCCACCAGGGAUCCUGAUCUAGUUAAGAGGAUUGGAUCUGCAACUGCACUAGAAGUCAGAGCCACUGGAAUUCCAUACACUUUUGCUCCAUGCAUUGCGGUUUGUAGAGAUCCCAGAUGGGGUAGGUGUUAUGAGAGCUAUAGCGAGGAUCACAAAGUGGUGGAAGAAAUGACUGACAUCAUUCUCGGAUUGCAAGGAGAUCCUCCUCCUGGCUAUACACAUGGAGUUCCAUAUGUUGGUGGCAAGGAUAAGGUUGCAGCAUGUGCCAAGCAUUUUGUGGGAGAUGGUGGGACAACCAGAGGAAUAAAUGAGAACAAUACUAUGAUAGACAUGCAUGGUCUACUCAGCAUUCACAUGCCAGCAUAUGCUGAUUCAAUCUACAAAGGCGUUUCCACAGUCAUGGUAUCAUAUUCAAGCUGGAACGGUGAGAAGAUGCAUGCAAACACCCAGCUGAUCACAGGGUACCUCAAGGGCAUCCUUAAGUUUAAGGGUUUUGUUAUCUCAGAUUGGCAGGGCAUUGAUAGAAUUACUUCACCUCCACAUUUAAACUACACAUAUUCUGUCCAAGCUGCAAUUCAAGCUGGCAUCGAUAUGGUAAUGGUCCCCUUCAACUUCACCGAGUUCAUCAAUGAUCUUACAUCCUUGGUGAAGAACAAUGUAAUCCCUAUGAGCCGGAUUGAUGAUGCUGUCACAAGAAUUCUGUUUGUGAAGUUUACCAUGGGUCUUUUCGAGAAUCCUUUGGCUGAUUACAGCUUUGUCAAUGAACUGGGAAGCCAGGCACAUAGAGACUUGGCAAGAGAAGCUGUUAGGAAGUCUCUUGUGUUACUUAAAAAUGGGAACAAAACCAAUCCUCUGCUCCCACUUCCUAGGAAGGCUUCAAAGAUCCUUGUCUCUGGGACACAUGCUGAUAAUUUAGGUUAUCAGUGUGGUGGAUGGACCAUCACUUGGCAAGGAUUUGAUGGUGACAAAUCCACUAGGGGGACUACGAUUCUUGGCGCUGUAAAAUCUGCUGUUGACCCGAGCACAGAAGUCAUCUACCGUGAAAACCCGGAUGCUGAAUUCAUCAAGUCCAACAACUUUGCUUAUGCCAUUGUUGCUGUUGGUGAAACCCCUUAUGCUGAGACAGCAGGGGAUAGCACUGAAUUGGCCAUGAAGGACCCUGGUCCUGCCAUUGUCACUACAACUUGUCAGGCCGUGAAGUGUGUCGUAGUGCUCAUCUCGGGCAGACCCAUUUUGAUGGAACCUUACAUGUCGUCAAUUGAAGCCUUGGUGGCAGCUUGGCUACCCGGGACAGAAGGCCAAGGUGUCACUGAUGCUAUUUUUGGAGACCAUGGAUUCAGUGGUAAACUUCCUAUAACAUGGUUCAGAAACAUUGAGCAGUUGCCCAUGAGUUAUGGGGAUUCACAUUAUGACCCACUCUUCCCUUAUGGGUUUGGACUUGAAACUGAAUCAGUUUCAAGCAUUGUUGCGAGGUCAACUUCGGGUUCUGCUGCCAGAAGGCCUUGCUUAUUUGUGGUGCUUGUCUCUGUUACAUUCUAUCUGUUUCUCGACGGGUUAAGCCGAGUCUCGCAAAGAUGAAAAGCUACAAUCCUACUUCAUCGGAGUUAGCUUCAGCAGCCUUAGAGGUUCUUAGCAACAUGUUUUCUACUAGUUGUAUCGAGAAAGAACUGAACUACCUCCAUUCUGGUCAGGUUAUGUCAGUCUGAAAAUCGAGCAUUCUUGAAUGUUUACCGGAAUGCUCUCUACCUGGAUAGUUUACAUUCGAAUCUCUAACGUUAUCACGGGAGAAGGCUUUUCGCAUCA